UGAAACACCCGAUGUGCUUUGAUCCCUAGUUAGGCGUUAUUACAUGGAUAGUUUAUUUUUGUAGAUUUUAAUUUUGGUAAAAUUAUUCCGAACGCCGUCGUAAUACGUUAUCGUUAUCAUACCAGACUGAUAUUGGCCGUCUUCUUCACCUGGCAAAACCGAAGACCGGACUCUGCACUUGCCUUGAAAACAGUAAACAACAUCGGCACAAAUCAAUCGGUCAUGUCGCAAGAAGAACUUCUGAUCAAUUUAAAUUCCCAAAUUGCUUCUCUCCGAACCAGAAUCAAAGAGUUGGAGGCUGACAAUGCUAAAUUAUCCACUCAACUCUCAAAUUGUAGCUGCAACGAGGCAAAGGAGAAGCUCGAUAGCUCUACAGUACAAUUUAGCAAAAGUUCAGUGGAGAAGAGUGGAGAAAUAAAUUAUGGAGAGGUUAAAAGCACCAGAAAGAAAACGAGAGAGAAAACUCCAGGUACAGGUUAUCACACAAGGACCAUAAAUCACCAUAUGAGAAGAUACGUUGCUCUAAAAGUCAUGUAUUUUGGUCAAAGGUUUUAUGGUUUUUCUUCAGAGGGACAAAUGGAUCCAACUGUUGAGUCUGAGAUUUUCAAAGCUCUUGAAAGGACAAGGCUUUUAAUUGGUGAAAAGAAGGAGAUACAAUACUCACGAUGUGGCAGAACAGAUAAAGGAGUUUCUGCUGUUGGGCAAGUAAGCAUGAUUAUGGAGUAGGUUUGCCCCAUUGAAAAACUUGUUUGCACUUAGAAAAGGGAAAAAGACAAAAAAUCUUUCUGUGGCUUCACAAUUUUUUAUUUU